UCCCAAGCGAGAUUUGCAGACGGCCCAAAAGUUGAGAACUUCUAAUCAAAAUUUUGUGUAGAAAAGAGGCCCGACCCUGGUUUGCACCGGCGGAAGAAACCCUCGAUUCAAUUUACUUGCACCGGCGGAAGAAACCCUAAACCCACCAUCUACGCAAUUACCAGCUCGAGCUUCAAGUUUCAUUUCUAUGGCGCUUCUCUCCUCUAUUCUAUAAUCUGCUAAUUGAAGGAUGAAGCUCGCUGCGGUCUCCUUUUCUCAAUCUGGAGCGUCUCGAAGUUUUCUUCAUGCAGAUUCCUCUUUCAAUCGAUUGCCGUGCGUCGCUUCAUUUUCGGCUCGUCAAGUUGAUGCAUUCAGCUCAACUUCUCGUUCGGUCUGUGGGUUUUGCAGGACGCCUCAUCAAAGUAACUCUUCAAUCAACACUGCCCUUUUGUCAACAAUGAGCAACACCUCUAUUGCUAGAAUCUGCUGCAGACUUCCUAGAUCAAAUGCAAGGCUGUUCUCAAAACGAAAGCAAUGGAAUGGUUCAAGAACCUUUUCAACAAGCAUCUCACCGCCUAAAUCCGUAACCAACCCACUGCUCAUCCGUUUACCCUCAGCUUUGAUUGUAGCUUCCCAGGUCACCCCAUCGGAUGCCCCUCAGCGUUCAGAAGAAUGGUUUGCGCUAAGGAGAGACAAGCUGACUACUAGCACAUUCAGCACAGCCUUGGGCUUCUGGAAAGGAAACCGCCGCUUUGAGCUAUGGCAUGAGAAAGUGUUUCCUUCAGAGAUUAAAAAACCAGAAGCACGACAGCAGUAUGCCAUGGAGUGGGGUGUGCUGAAUGAAGAAAAUGCCAUCCAUCGGUAUAAAAGCAUCACAGGCCGAGAUGUGAGCUUUUUAGGAUUUGCAACUCACUCUGAACAGCAGUUGGACUGGCUAGGCGCGUCCCCCGACGGCCUAUUGGGAUGCUUUCAAGGAGGUGGGAUCCUGGAAGUCAAAUGUCCGUACAACAAGGGAAAGCCCGAAAAGGGACUGCCCUGGUCGACCAUGCCUUUCUAUUACAUGCCACAGGUACAGGGUCAGUUGGAGAUAAUGGACAGGGAGUGGGCGGAUUUGUAUUGCUGGACACCAAAUGGAAGCACGAUAUUUCGCGUUUGUAGAGAACGUGGUUACUGGGAAUUGAUUCAUGAAAUGUUAAGGGAAUUUUGGUGGGAAAAUGUUGUUCCUGCAAGGGAGGCUUUAUCAUCGGGAAGAGAGAAGGAGGUCGAGUCCUAUAAGCCAACAUCCACACACAAGCAGACUGGAGUUGCAAUUGCUAAGAGCAUAAAGUUAGCAAGCGACGCCAAAUUGCUUUGCAGGGAGAUAGCUGGGCAUGUUGAAUUUUACCGAUGAUUUUUGGUUUGAAUGUGAUGUAUUGUUCCUUCUGUCUUGGAAUUCCAUUUCCCAACAUGUAUUUGUUCCAUGAUUUCAUGGGUGGUAAUAUUUAACACACAUUCAAUUUUAGCCUAU